AUGGUAGAUCCUACAAGGGAAGAAGCUGUCUUUCCUCGUCCAUCAACACAGGAGAUCCAGUCAACAUGGAAAGCUCUAUUUUCGGAUCCAUUGAUAUCGCCAAGUCGUCUUAAAGCAACUGCGUUGACCAAGAAUGGUUUGGGUGAAGCUGCCGCUGAUGGAGGGAUAAUCCUCAGGUCGGUAUAUUGGCGAUUCUACCAUGGCUUACUACCUCCACCGACAUCUCCCAAUCUAUUCAGCACGUCCGUAUCAACUUCAAGAGAAGCUUACAACUCCCUGCGGCGUCGAUUCCUCAUCGCUCCGGAUGGAAGAUGGGCGUCCGACUGUACUGGAUCGGAAGAUCAUCACUCUCACUCCCCCUCCAAUUCCUCAUCUUCUUCUGCUUUCGCUCCUUCCUCAUCUUCAGUAAAGACUAAUGGGUGGGAUCCUCUAUCGUUGGACAGCUCAUCACCUUGGAAAACAUGGUUUUCUCACGUAGAUCUACGAUCGACCAUCUCUCAAGAUGUAGAGAGGACUUUCCCUGAUAUACCUUAUUUCCAACUACCCCGAGUGAAGAAGAGCCUCACGACUUCCCUUUUCUUAUACUCGAUUUUGAAUCCCGAUGUAGGCUAUAGACAGGGGAUGCACGAACUCUUAGCUUGCUGCUUCUUAGCUGUCGACAGAGAUAGCUUAGACCAGAAGGAUAACACCUCAAACAAGGUGGAAAAAGGGGAGGGGGAAGAAGCUAUGUGGACUACGUUAGAUAGGAGAUAUGUCGAACAUGAUUCUUUCCAGUUGUUUCAGGCUAUCAUGAAGAGUGCGAAGGAGUUUUACGAAUGGAGAGCUGAAGAAGGUCCAAUCAGGAAUCGAUCUGUCAACGCACCCCAAGCACCUAUAAUAACGAGGUGUAAUAAUAUACAUUCCAGCUUGAUAAGGAGGAUAGAUCCACAAUUAUGGGAAAGGCUAGAAACCGAAGGUGUAGAAGCGCAAAUAUGGGCUAUCCGAUGGAUACGUCUGAUUUUUACGAGAGAGAUUCCAUUCCCACUGGCUAUGCGUCUCUGGGAUGGUGUGUUUGCCGAAGAUCCGGGAAUGGGAUUGUUAGAUUUCGUGUGCGUCGCCAUGUUGUUGCUCAUUCGGAAUGAACUGAUCGAAGCGGAUUAUCCCACUCUUCUAACCCAAUUACUCCACUACCCAUCUCCAUCCCCUUCAUACCCCUUCGAGCCAUCACUCAUCUUGUCCCAGGCGGUAUACCUUAAGGCCAACAUAUCGCCGGCAGCUGGAGUAGAAGUAGUUCUGCAAAAUCAAGAUAUUCUAGGGGUAAAGAUCAGUCGAGGUCAGCAAGCGCAGCAGGCAACUGAUGGACGCCCAUCAGUCCGUGUCGAACCAGGAAGGGGAAGUAGAGGAAGAGCAGGGAUGGGCGGACUGGCACAAGGUCUCUUUGAGAGAGCGCAGGCAGCUGGACUAGAUAAGACUUUCAUGGCUACCGUUGCUGACUUGCGUAGAAACCUUCCCGAUUCUGCGACCGCUUACUCGUAUCUCCCCAAUCUUCCUUUCUCCCCUGGAACACCAUCAAGAGAGGUCGGCUCAUUUUCCACUAUCCCCUCGUCGACCUCUGCUCUGCCUCGCUCCUUCCUGACUUCACCAUCCUCUCAACCACAACAACAACCACCGGCACGUCCUCCCGUUGACAGUCGACCUUCUGUAAACAGCGUGGCAACUCAGCAAUCGCUGAAGGAUGCGGAGUUGGAAAUGGCCGAAUUGAGGUUAGCGAUGGUGGGUAUGGGCAAAGCAAUGUCCGAAUGGCUCUCUGUACUUGGCCCUUCUGCGGGAGCCGAAGAUGGAUAUGAGAUCGAGAAGGAGAAGGAGAACGCUUGGAGGGGAUUGGAAAGGAUCAAAGAUGGGUUAUUGGAUGCUGCGGGUAAAGAGACUGAAGAGAUCGUGAGAGAAUGGGGGUGGCACGACGGAUUAGAAUCUUCAAGUAUCAAUUCCAGGUCGACCACACCUGCUCCUGUCUCUCUUCCACCUCCAGCAGCUACAACGGAUGGGGAUGAUUCCUUGACCUCACAUACACAACCGCUACAAUCAAGAGAUAUCCUCUUUGAGAAGGAUACAUUGGUUUUUGAAGAUGUUACACCUACAAUAUCACAAUAUCCUACCAUGCCUAAUCCACCUUCUUUACCCUCUCCUCCGAAUAAAUUAGUGAAUCCCGCACCUUCGCAUAACAGAUAUGGCAAUUCAUCGAUCAAAUCCAACCUAACACUCUCAUCAUCCUCUACAAAUCCUUCAAUUGGAUUACCUAGAACACCCGUACCUGUGCCUUCACCUGCCACAGCGCCAUUGCCACCCCGACCUCGACCGAUAUCGUCGGACACAAAGAAUAAAAGACCUAACACAGCUGAACUACCUAGAGAGAGUGAUCCCCUAGCUGGACUAGGAGUGAUCACCAGAAACAAGGAUAAGGAUAAAUCGAAUCAUUUUGAUGUGGAUCCAUUACUUGGCGUAGGAGUUAAUCGAUGA